AUGAAGAAGAUCAAUUUGAUGCUGAGGAAGUGCAAGACACUGUCUAGGCAACUGGGUAGAACAUCAUCAUACAGUAGCCUAAGAUCCAGGUCAAGCAGAGAAGAGAUAUGGGUUGGUGACAUAAAAGAUGACGAAUAUCGCCAAACCAUUCUCGUUGGGAGCUCAAGGAAGCAAUACGUGAUCAGUUCUAAGUACUUGAACCAUCCAUUAUUGACUGCUCUUAUUGAAAAGUCGAAGCAGAAACCAGGAGAGAAUCUAUCGGUGAAGUGUGAGGUUGUACUGUUCGACCACCUUCUAUGGAUGCUUGAGAAUGCCGAUCCCAAUCUCACUGCUGAUUCUUUGGAGGAAUUGGCUGAUCUCUAUUCUCGCAGCGGCAGCUCUCGCAGCCCUAGCCCCCCUUCCGUGAGAAAAAGUCCUGUUGAAGGAGCUAAGCGAGGACGUUCACCGCCACCCCAAUCUAAGAAAGUUUCUCCUCUGCCUCCUCCUCCUCCUCUUCCUCUUCCUCCUCCUCCAAGGAAAGCUUCGCCUAUUCCUGAGUCUCUUGUUCUUCGUGUUGAUGAGCUCACCAGGAAUGUGAAUGAAAAUCAUUUAAGAGAAAUAUUCAGUAACUUUGGUGAAGUUGUACAUGUGCAGCUGGCAAUGGAUCAUACUGUUAACCUUUCAAAAGGGUUUGGAUAUGUUGAGUUUAAGAUGAGAGUUGAUGCUGAAAAAGCUCAGUUACACAUGGAUGGGGCCCAGAUUGAUGGGAAUGUUGUUGCGGCCAGUUUCACAUUACCUGAGCCGAAAAAGGUUUUGUCACCCCCUAGGGCCGGUGCUGCUUCAAGAAGAGAUGCUCCAAAAAUGGAUAAUGUUGUUGCCGAUGUCGAAAAAGAUGGGCCAAAGAGGCAGAGAGAAUGUAUGCUCCCUACAAUUAUAUGUUCUGAAUAUUGCUAA